AUGAUAUUUGAAUAUUUGAGGGAGCCAUCAUUGGAAGAUUUACUUCCAUCUCGAGAUGCCUUCAAGUAUCUAGAAAGGGGUAUGAAGUGUGUCGGCUGGAUACCACCUCCGAAAGAGAAGCUCUAUUAUUGGGCCCAUCGCUUUUGGAGUGUAGUUGUAUUUUCGUUGGGAGGCAUCUACACGCAAGUGGGACUUUACGCAACUUACAUAUUUGACUUUGACAGCUUCACUGUAAACACUUUCUUAUCAUCGAUACAAAGCGUUCCCGAUGCAACAACGGUGCCAUUAAAGGUUUUAACUUUGCUGCCAAAUAUCUGGCGAUUCCAUAAGGGAUGGGAUCUGCUAGACCUUAUGGACAAAAGAUGCACCCGAAUGGAGGAACGCUUCGAAGUUCAUCGUUGCGUUGUUCGCUGCAAUACUGCUUUUCUAAUAUAUACGGCAGUCUGUUCCAUAUUUUUGACAUUGACAUAUCUGAGCUCCGUUUUAAUGGGAUCAACACCAUGGGGAUUCUACAAUCCAUUUAUAGACUACCGCUCAAGCCCACAGAAUUUAUGGAUCGUGUGUACAUUCGAAUAUUUUGUCGCGUCGGUCGCAAGUUAUCUUGACGAAAUGGCGCUCCUGUAUCCACUAAUGUUUGGACUAAUUUUGAGAACUCACAUUAAACUGUUGACGGAGCGCAUUAAUAGAUUGCGUACAAAUAGUGACGAAACCGAGGAUCAGAGUUACGAAGAGCUGGUUAACUGUUGUAAAGAUUACAAACUUAUUGUGGAAUUUUGUAACAAUUUUCGACCCAUCAUAUCGGUUACUAUAUUUUUACAGUUCAUUUCCAUAGGAGUAUGUUUGGGUUUAACAUUGUUUAAUUUGCUUUUCUUUGCGACUUUUUGGAUCGGUCUGGCUACAAUUGUCUUUAUUAUCGUGCUGAUCUUUCAAACGUUUCCCUUUUGCUAUGUCUGCGAUCUUGUUGAAAAGGAUUGUGAGAUGUUAUCCAUCGCAAUAUUUCAAUCCAAUUGGGUCGAUGCUGAUAAGCGCUAUAAGAAAAGUUUGAUAUACUUCUUACACCGGACACAGCAGCCGAUUAACUUUAAGGCCGGAGGCAAAUUUAAGAUCUGCUUGCAAACCAACAUUGAAAUGGCCAAGAUUGCAUUUUCGGUGAUAACUUUUGCAAAACAACUGAAUAUUAUGGACAAGCUACAAGCUAAUUAAAAC